AGAGAAAGAGUUAUUAUAGAGAGAGCGCUUAUAUAUAUAUUAUAUAUAUGUGGGUAGUCCAAUUCCGUUUCACAAGUUAUAUAUAUACGUAUACCCUCUUUCAAAUCAUUCUUUCACUCUGUUUUCAACCAAACACUCAAACAACCACUCUGUCACUAACCACCGCCUCUCUCUCUCAAGCUAGAGAGUAAAUUCAUUUCAUCAUCUCUUUGAAACCACAUAAUCUCUCUUGGUUAUCCUGAAUUUUCUCUCUCUCUCUAAAUCUCUCUUUCUGUUUUCUAAAUCCACAGAAUUACUUUGAAACCAUAGAAACUCCGCCUCCUUCUCGAUCCGCAAUACACUCAAACCACAGUCUCCUGUUUUUCUUUCAACCUUGCUCUCUCACCACUUUAUCUUUCUAUCUCAAACACACACAACAACUAUCUCUAGACCUGAGAAAUAUCACAGGCGUUUUUGCUUCUUAGCAAAUUGCCGCAUUCCGGCUGGAAUCCGGCAACCUUGCUCCUCAUUGUCUCGACCCUGCAGUAACAUUCCGAUCGCCGGAACUUCCUUUUCAGGUCUUUUUUUUUAAAAAAAAUAUAUAAAUCUUUUCAAAUUUUUAGCGAUGAAAGUUAGGGUUUGCGAGUUGUGUAAUGGAGAAGCUGCUGUGUACUGUUCGUCCGACUCUGCGUUUCUGUGCUGGAACUGCGACUCUAAGGUUCACGGAGCGAAUUUCCUGGUAGCUCGGCACGAUCGCCGCACUGUUUGCUCCAAAUGCAAAGGACUCACCUGUGAUCGGGUCUCCGGCAUCGGAUUGCAGCCGGUUCGACCGAUCUGCCACUCCUGCUCGCUGGAAUCUCCCGGAGACGACGACCUCGACUCCUUGUCAUCGCCAUCUCCUUCCGCUUGUAUCUCAACCACCGAGUCCUGCGCCAGUCCUCCGAAGAAGAUCGAUUUCGAUAGUUUGAAAUCGGAUGGAGUUGUUUCGUCGAGCUCCGUCACCGGCGAGCACUCCUCGAAGCUUCCGGCGAGAUUUUCCGGCAAAGUCACAUCGAAAUCGAAGUCGCGAGCUCCGCGGGCAGUGGAAUCGAAAGCGGAGGACGUUUUUGUGAACUGGUGCAGGAGACUCGGGCUGAGUGGGAGCUGCGAGGUGGCCACGGCGAUUCAAGCCCUCCGCAUUUGCUUGGAUGAGUUGACGGUUUUGCCCCUCCGGGUGUCCCUCGCGGCGUCGCUGUGGUUCAGCAUGAGAUUGUGCGGGGACAUAUCAUCGUCCACGUGGCAGAUCUUGAAGCGGCUUGAGGAGGUGUCUGGCGUACCGGCGAAGUUGAUAUUGGGCGCCGAGUCGAAGCUGGCACGUGCCUUGAAGACGCGAAAAACACGACGACGCGAUCAGCACGUGGACGUGGAGGAAGAAGGAUGGGCUGAAUGCUAACCCAUCUGAUUUACUCGUGAGUUGGUUCCUACAACGCGGAUCAAAGUUUCAUAACGUUGUUUUGUAUUCUCUUUUUUUCUUUUUAGAUUUUUUUUCUUUAUUGAAAUGCAAAAAAAAAAAAAAAAAAAAAAAAAAACUAGAAAAGCUUUUGUUUUGUUUCUAGAAAUUAAAACUCCAAUGAUGAUGGUAUUGUUAAAUUUUAGAAUCUUGUUCUUGAGUCA